CUAUUCAACGGCGAUACCGGUGAUACUGCCCAACUUGUUCGGGCAAAUUACCCCGGAGUCAUACAUUCGUUAAUACGAAUUUCGUUUGAUACCAGCACAUUUCCCAGGUCCCGAAGAGUUCGUAUAAAGCGAGUUUGACUGUACGUGGAAUCGUGAUUGGAAUAGGACAUUUCCAUGGAUAAUGAAAAUGGAGAUAUAAGUGCUAUCUGUUCAUGGUGCAAGGCUGCCAAACGAAACAAUUCAAUGGCUACUAAUGGAACACCAAAUCUGCAGAGUUCCACAUUCAGUAGGCAUGAGAUAUCUAAAGACCAUCUCUUCGCAGCUCAGGCAAGAGACUCCAAAAGCCAGAAUAUUACCGUACAGAAGGUGGUAGAAGCCACCGAACAACAAGACCGUAUUGUUGAGGACGACUCUAUCGAGGCACAAAUCAACACCAUGUUCUAUGUCGCAAAACAGGGUGUUGCUAUCAACCAGUAUGACAAAGUAAUAGAACUUCAGGUGAAAAACAAUUGUCCAGGUCUUCAGAACCCGAAGAAACUGUAUACCAGUGAGGAAGCAAAAAUGGAACUGAUAGAUGCGAUUGAUUCUACACUGGAUGAUUAUCUCACACAGAAUCUACAGCAGUCUGAGUAUAUAGGUCUAAUUCUUGAUGAAAGUACAGACAUAACUGUUCAUAAAAAAUUAAAUGUGUAUGUGAAGUGUUUGUCUAGUGAUAAUAUGCCAAAAGUUCAGUUUCUGGAUUGUAUCAAUGUUGAAAAUGGGAAAGCGGAUACACUUGUAACAGCUGUGAAAGAACUUUUCACAAAAGAACAUUCCUUUGGAUAAAG